AUGACGAAGAGUAGCAAUGCAUUCUUUGAACAGCUUUUUGAACCUCAGGGGAGAGGGGACUACUAUUGGAGCAAGAGCCCACAACCCCAUGAAAUGCGUCGGAAAUUCAUGUUGAAGAAGUAUGGGAGGCAGAUCAAGGAGCUUUACGGACCUGAUCCUUGGAUCUGGAGGCUUAUGACGCCAUUUAUUUUUCUUCAGCUUUAUCUUGGUAUACGAGCGAGUGAAAUGAGCUGGCCAAUGUACUUAUUUUUGGCUUAUUUUGUGGGAGGAACAAUAUCCCAUAGCACGUUUUUGGCUAUCCAUGAGGCAACUCACAAUCUUGCAUUUAAGACGCGCGAAUAUAACGACUAUUACGCCAUUUUUCUUAACCUUAUUGUACCUAUACCUUAUGCAAUGAUGUUCAAGAGUUAUCACGCGGAGCAUCAUCGCUAUCUUGGUUGGGAACUUGUUGAUGCGGAUGUACCUACCUUGUUGGAAGCCAAACUUCUAUCCAGUUACGUGGGAAAGUUUUUAUUCUUAACCUUUCAGGUUUUCUUUUAUGCUCUCCGACCGUGCAUUAUUCGAAAGAUUGAACUUGAAAAGAGACAUUUUAUCAAUUAUAUUGUACAGAUUGUAUUUGAUAUAAUAGUGUACAAAUUUUUUGGUCCGGGUCCACUCAUGUAUUACCUUUUUUCUACUUUUUUGGGUACGAGCUGGCAUCCGACAGCUGGGCACUUUAUUUCAGAGCAUUAUAUAUUCAGGGGAGAGGGCAGACAAGAAACAUUUUCAUACUAUGGGCCUUUAAACUGGCUAACCUGGAUGGCAGGGUAUCAUGUUGAACACCACGACUUUCCUAAUAUCCCAUGGACUCGUAUUUCUAGGCUUCAUAAGAUUGCCCCUGAGUUUUAUGAUGACUUAUUUGUCACUGAGUCCUGGCCAGGUGCGCUUUAUGAUUUCUUGGUUGAUACGAAUGUGAGUCAGUGUUCUCGUGUUCUGCGUGAGAAAGGAGCUUUUCAGCGUGCAAACUUACUUCCCAACGUGACAGAAGACGCAUCUGUGGGAUAG